AUGUCCCUUCCAGUAAAAACCCUCGUCCAGGCUGCCGCCAACUCCGGACUCCGCGCAGUCUCUGUCCGUCAUUCCAGCCAAGCUCCAAAGGUCGCCCUUCUCGGUGCUGCCGGAGGAAUCGGACAGCCAUUGGGUCUCCUUCUCAAGCAGGAUCCACUAGUCGCCCAUCUUGCCCUUUAUGAUGUCGUUAACACUCCAGGAGUCGCCGCUGAUCUUUCUCACAUUGAUUCCAACGCCAAGGUCACCGCUCACACCGGCCCAAAGGAAUUGUACGCUGCUGUUGAGAACGCCGACGUCAUCGUCAUCCCAGCUGGAGUUCCACGUAAGCCAGGAAUGACCCGUGACGAUUUGUUCAACACGAACGCCGGAAUCGUCCGUGAUUUGGCCGCCGUCAUCGCCAAGGCCUCCCCAAAAGCUCUCAUCGCCAUCAUCACCAACCCAGUUAACUCAACUGUCCCAAUUGCAUCUGAGGUUCUUAAGAAGGCCGGAGUUUACGAUCCAAAGCGUGUUUUCGGAGUCACCACACUCGAUGUCGUCAGAUCUCAAGCUUUCGUUGCUGAGCUCAAGGGACACGACGCCUCCAAGACCGUCGUCCCAGUCGUCGGAGGACAUGCAGGAAUCACCAUCAUCCCACUCCUCUCCCAAGUCACCCCAUCCACCAAAUUCUCUGAGGAAGAGAUCGCCAAACUGACACCAAGAAUCCAAGACGCUGGAACUGAAGUCGUCAACGCAAAGGCUGGAGCCGGAUCGGCCACUCUUUCGAUGGCUUUGGCUGGAGCUCGUUUCGCGAAUGCCCUCGUUCGUGGAAUCAAGGGACAAAAGAAUGUUCAAUGCGCAUACGUCGCUUCUGAUGCUGUUAAGGGAGUCGAAUAUUUCUCGACCCCAGUCGAAUUGGGACCAAAUGGAGUUGAGAAGAUUCUCGGAGUUGGAAAAGUUUCUGCAUUCGAGCAGAAGCUUAUCGAUGCCUCCGUUCCAGAACUCAACAAGAAUAUCGCCAAGGGAGUCGCCUUUGUUAAGGGAAACUAA